CCAUGGUGCACUGUGCCGGCUGCAAAAGGCCCAUCCUGGACCGCUUCCUCUUGAACGUGCUGGACAGGGCCUGGCAUGUCAAGUGCGUCCAGUGCUGUGAAUGUAAAUGCAACCUGACCGAGAAGUGCUUCUCCCGGGAAGGCAAGCUCUACUGCAAGAACGACUUUUUCCGAUGUUUCGGUACCAAAUGCGCAGGCUGCGCGCAGGGCAUCUCCCCUAGCGACCUGGUGCGGAGAGCGCGGAGCAAAGUGUUUCAUCUAAACUGCUUCACCUGCAUGAUGUGUAACAAGCAGCUCUCCACUGGCGAGGAGCUCUAUAUCAUCGAUGAGAACAAAUUUGUCUGCAAAGAGGAUUACCUAAGCAACAGCAGUGUCGCCAAAGAGAACAGCCUCCACUCGGCCACCACGGGCAGUGACCCCAGUUUGUCUCCAGACUCCCAAGACCCGUCACAGGAUGAUGCCAAGGACUCAGAGAGUGCCAACGUAUCAGACAAGGAAGGGGGCAGCAACGAGAAUGACGACCAGAACCUAGGCGCCAAGCGGCGGGGCCCACGUACCACCAUCAAGGCGAAGCAACUGGAAACUCUGAAGGCGGCCUUCGCUGCUACUCCCAAGCCCACGCGCCAUAUCCGCGAGCAGCUGGCUCAGGAGACUGGCCUCAACAUGCGUGUCAUCCAGGUCUGGUUCCAGAACAGACGCUCCAAGGAACGGAGGAUGAAGCAGCUGAGUGCGCUGGGCGCCCGGCGCCACGCUUUCUUCCGCAGUCCGCGCCGGAUGCGGCCGCUCGUGGACCGCCUGGAGCCGGGCGAGCUCAUCCCCAACGGGCCCUUCUCCUUCUACGGAGAUUACCAGAGCGAGUACUAUGGGCCCGGGGGCAACUACGACUUCUUCCCGCAAGGCCCCCCGUCCUCGCAGGCUCAGACGCCAGUGGACCUGCCCUUCGUGCCGUCGUCCGGGCCCUCCGGGACGCCUCUGGGCGGCCUGGAGCACCCGCUGCCCGGCCACCACCCGUCGAGCGAGGCGCAGCGGUUCACUGACAUCCUGGCGCAUCCCCCCGGGGACUCGCCCAGCCCUGAGCCCAGCCUGCCCGGGCCUCUACACUCAAUGUCGGCCGAGGUCUUCGGGCCCAGCCCACCCUUCUCAUCGCUGUCGGUCAACGGCGGGGCGAGCUAUGGGAACCACCUGUCUCACCCCCCCGAAAUGAACGAGGCGGCCGUGUGGUAGCGGGAUCUCGCACGGUCCGCGGAAUGCGUGGUUGUACAGAAACGAACCUUUAUUUAAGAAAAAUAGAAAAAAGAAGAAAAAAAAACCAUAAAAAGCAAGUCACGCCCCCCAACACACACACACACUUCCUUCAGCCUCGGGGACCAUUUUCCGUCUGGGGAGUCCGGAUGGGAAAGGGGGACAAGAAACAGGAUCCAAAUCCGCCUGGAGGUAGAACUGGGAUCCGUGCGCUGGCUGUCGAGGUGCAGAACUGGGGCUCCCGAAGGGAAAUGCAGACUUCUCCCCAUCUUCCACCUGGACCCGGACGCGGGGACAGACUCCACGAGCGUGCGCGCCCGGCCAGAGGGCGGCACAGGAACACCCACGGCGGCCGCGGGGGCGCACAGCCGGUGGUGACGCCAGGAGCCGCAGGGAGGGAGGCCGAGAGGCACAGCCGGGCGAGGGAGGAGAAGUAGCCCGGGGCGCUCCCGGGCCAGCCAGGAGGGUUCUGGCUCUGGGAAAUCUCUCCCUAGUGUUGUCUCAGUGUUCAGGAACAGCGACAACAAACUCUUAUAGCUUCAGAAACGCCGACCUGCUGUGCAUCAGGUGGGACUAUAUAUAUAUAUAUUUUUUUUGUCUAUCUGGGUUUUUGGUUUUUGUUUUUGCCAAAAUUGCAAAAUUCUAAAUGUAAAGCCCUCAGUAUCAACUCUUCUACCUUCACAAAGCUCCACACACACACACACACACACACACACACACGCACACACAUACAUAUACACACAUACACACACAGAUACACGCUGACACCCUGGAUAGGAUGGUCUCCAGCCAGACCUCUCAAUAAAAUGACUUGAACAUCAACUGUACAAGAAAGUAUUCUACCUUCACACAUACAAAAAAAAAAAAAAAAAAAGUUUAAAAAAAGACUAUUGAACUAAAAACAGUCAACUGUUUACGUAUAAUGUUAAAUUCAGGAGUUCAGUGUUUUAUUAAUAUAUCCUGUUUUGAAACCUCUUGUUCAAAAACAAAAUGUUUUGAGCAAUCAACCAAAAUUGUUCAUUUUCUUUUCCUGUAGAUGUUCUGACAGAUUUGCAGGGCUCGCAGCUCACUGUGCUAGUAUGUAAAAAGGUGUUGUUUACACAAGGCAAAGAGAAAACAUGAUAUUCAGACACUUGCCAAAUAGAAUAAUUAUAGCACAAAUACUGUAAAGGUGCCUAGCACCACAACUUGAGAAAGUGUUAAAAAAGAAAAAAAGUGUUACAAGGUUUAAAAAAAAAAACAUCUUUGCUAAUUUUUAGUCCUGUUGAACAUUCAUGGAAUUGUUAAUAUGACUUAUAUAGACCCACACAGGUUUUAUUUUUGUGUCUUUAAAAUAAAAGUCCAAAAUAUUUAAAUUUUAUGGUCAAAUAUGCAGUCAACAGCUGCUACUUUUUUCUUUAUAUAUUAAAUUUCUCAUAUGUCUUUUAUUGUUCUGAUAAACCUAAGCUUGUGUGACCUCCAGUGCAUAUUAGACCAUUCACUGUAUGAAAGAAAACAUGUUGAAUAAAUUUGUGAGUUUUUAAUAAAAAUAGAAAAUCUGAUGUUUAGAUAAUCGGUGUGUUAUUUGAUGUUUUAACAAGUAGAGGGGAGACCUGAUGGGGAGCUGAAUGGUCCCUCAGAAGCCAGGAGGAAGAGAGGCAGGACUGGGGUAUC